CUUAAGCUACCCAGCAAACAAAAAAACAAAGUCUUAGCUAAAAUACCCGUUACUUGACGUUUGAGUGAAAACCCAAGGUGGAGAUAAACGCACUACCAACUCAACCAACCAACCAACCAAACAACCAGACAAGCAAGCAAACUCUAGAGAAAUCUAAAAACAGAAGAACGAUAAAGAGCGUGUUACUUACCAUUUUUUCCAAAUACUACAUAAACGGAAUACCCAUAUACCAAGCCACAGUGUGACGUCACUUCCAGGGAUAGAGUCAACUACAGGAAGGACUACGUCUACCACCACCACCACCAGCAGCAGCAGCAGCUUAUACGGAAUCAUCCGCCUCCGGUGGUAGGAUCGAAGGAUCUGUGAGUAGGCCGAGCCCCCGGGGGGGUUAAGCGAGCUGCUGUAAAUAGCAUGCUAGCAAAGUAUUUGGUUACUUCGAUCGACUGACGGUCGGCACACAAGAGUGGUAGUGAAGCGUGGGGCUUCGGUCGGUUUUUUCCACAUUGCCUACCGGGGUUUUUACAUCUCUUUAGCUCUCGGGGUUAGAUUUAUCCGCUCCUUUCCGUUACUCUCUAGGAACAGUAGGCUGCUAGACGAUAUCGUUUCGAUGGUAGAGCAACACAGAGUAGAAGAUAAAAAGGAAAUGAGCGUGAGAAGGAGAGAGAGAGAGAGAAAAAUAGGAAAAUAGAAAGGAUGCUAGAUUGUGUUUCUAUUGCGCGCCAAUCAUCCCGAAGACACUAGAAGACAUCGUUCCCAUUUUUCUUCCCCACUUCUUCUUCCAAUGCAGUAAACGCUGCGCCAAACCCUUAACCUAGAAACAAGAGAAACAUUUUCCUACAAUUUAAUGCCGUUUUCCACACAGGGCUGGCCACUUUCUUUAGUGCUGAGUGCUUUUAAUGUAGCCAAAUGAAUGCGAAUGGAGCGAGUGUUCUUUACGGGACGCCACCAUUCCAUAGAAAAAGGAGGGGGUGACAAACCAAAUGCCCUUCGCCACCCACCCCCGUUAACCUAGGGUUAAAUACUACUUGCGUUCCAUUACGAGAAAAGGAUAACAUGAAUCAAAUGUACAUCGUAGAGCGUAGUAGAGCGUCUAGUGAAAAGCAACUCCAAUCCCACACUCACACAUACACACGCAGGCACACAUACACAAUCAGCAAACUCACCCACGCACCUAGAGAGAGAAAAUGCGAGAACCUUUUGCUACCCCAAACCUGGGGGGUGGGCUCAAAAUGCCAAACUCAUUAUUGAACGAAUACGAAAAUACUGAAACUCAUACCACCACCACCACCAGCAGACACACACCCGAUACACGUACAGCUUCCGUGGCACUAGGGACCGCGGGGGUUGUGGAAAAGUAAUGUUCAAACGGUAAAAAAGGGAAAAUUGGAAGGAGAAAGACGAGCUGGACAUUCCGCCAACACAAUAACAAUAACUAAUUAGAAAGAGAACGGAGAAUGUUUCAUGUGGCCAAAAACCUGUAAGCUUCGUGUGUAGGUGGCAUUAACGAACCCAAGUAACGUUGGCCAGCCAACCUCCUCGCCCAUUAUGCAAUGCCGUUGAGGUGGGUAAGGUGGUGAGAAAGAAGGAGGAAGCUUAACCAUUCAUUCUCUUCACCAUUCCGGCGAAUGUUGCACACCGCGCGAGGUCAAAACAAUUGCAUACAAUCCCUCCAUGAUGAUGAUGAUGACGGUGAUGAUGGUGAUGAUGAAGUAGAGUACCGUAGUCGUCCUUUGCAGCUGUUUUUCUAACAUUCCAUUGCUACACCCCACCCCAGUCCACCUCCCAUUCCGUCCUAUUCCCCGCGAAUAAAAUGGUUCGGACCAUUUGGUCCCGGGCUGUUGUCGAUUUGUCUGUCCUUUUGCCCCAGAUUAGUGCUCAUACAAUUAUUGUUAAUCGACGAAGAGAAUGUCACUGAAAGGAAGCGACACAUAGAGAAACAGAGAGAGAAACAGAGAGAAAACCAUCGAAGAGAGGUAGUAAGGAUGAACGCUGCUCGAUCCAUUGUCAAUUGAAGCGUUAAUAGAGAAGCGAGGAGAAGAAUGUGUGUUAAAUAUGUGUUAAUAUGUGUGUGACAUGCGUGGACCCCGCCAUUCGCAGGGACCGUCCGUGUGGUCCAUGUUGAUUUGUUUUUUGCAUCGCAAAAGUAUGUCGUUCUAAAGUAUGUUAAUAUAAAUUAACAAAAUAGCAAAGUUUAGGCUGCACGCAAUGCUCACGCAAAACACUCACAGAGACUGUUGGGCUGGAGGAUCGUGUCUGUGGGGCGAGAAAGGAGGAGGGAAUUAAUCAUUGGCAGUGGAGCAGGGCGAGUGUAGCUAGGAUUGGAAUGGUUUGAGAACACAACACCCCGUUCCCCAUUUUGUGGUUGCAUUUGGUUGAUUUUUCCGUUUCGUUGCUUUGAUGUUGUGUUUUAUUGACAUCGUGAGAUAGACCGAGCCAAGCAUAAAAAAAUGAUGCAUAAGGUAGAGAGGCGAGACAGCAGAAUGCACUACGCCAUAGCCAAAGUUAUGGAGCUAUACCAACUGUAAAUCCCAGGAUAGUGGUGAGCUGAGCAGCUGGAACGAAUGUGUAGCCAGACAGCAGAGCAGGAACCCGUGGAUGUUGGUUCACAGUCGUGGCAAAAAUGCGCGUGUCAGACCACAGCGAGCGAAAGGAUGGCGAAAAUGUGUUUUUUUUUUCCUGUGACGAUCACGGUAAAUGCGCAGCAUAAAGAAGGGAAGGAGAAGGGUAAAUAAGUAGCAAGAUAAGCAUUUUAACAUUCAAACACACUCAAACACCCAAACACCCACGUACACAGACAGUCAUUCAUACGUGACACACAAGACAGAUGGAAGAAAGAUGGACGACUAGCGAUGGGAAGAUGGUGAAUCGAGUUCCAGCAUCCUUACACUUCUAUUGCAUGAGUAAUAAACCGACAGUGACAAAAUAAACAUGAAAAUUGUUAUAAAA